AUGCCUCUUCAAGGUGGCAACAGUGUUGGCGGGAAAGUGCAGGCGACCGACCCCGAUUGCGGCGUCAACGCCAUGGUGAAUUACACGCUAGCCGCGGGCAGGGUGGAGACGGAACAGCUGAUGGUGCGCAGCGACACAGGUGACAUUUGCGUCAGAACGCCCUUGGACAGGGAAACGGCCCCGUACUUGGAGAUACCCGUCAUCGCCACCGACAGAGGUGGCCUGAGCACCGUGGCCAUCGUGAGGGUCCAAGUGACGGACGUCAACGACAACCGUCCGGUCUUCGAGCCGCGAAAGUACAACGUCACCCUGAAGAGCGACAGCCCGAUACAGGGGCCGAUUUUGAGGCUCGUUGCCACGGAUCUGGACGCUGGACUGUUCGGACAAGUCGCGUACAGGAUCACGAACGGAAACGAGGCGGGAGUGUUUCACAUAGAUCGCAACACCGGCGAGCUGCAAGUGGCCAGGCCGAGCUUGUUGUCUCGAUCGCACCUACACCAGCUGAACGUGACUGCAACGGAUGCUGCUGGCCUGAAGAGCAUCAUGGACGCAGAAGUUCGAAUCACCACGUCCUCCCCUGGACACAGGAUCGCCAGCUGCGAGAAACCACGCUACACGGUCACGGUUAAGGAAACCGUACCGCAGAACAGCAUCGUAGGAGGCGUGAAGGACGCUGGUGCGUCUUCGUCGUCAGGUGAACUGCCAACGAGGUUUUAUUUGGCGAAGGAAGAACCGGAUCUAACGAUGGAUUCCAACACGGGAAUGCUUCGAAUCCGCCUUCCGUUGGAUCGCGAGACCCGAGACAAGUACAUUCUCAGCGUCCUGGCGCGCAACGGAGUAUCAGUGGGCUACUGUCAGGUGGAGUUGAACGUGGAGGACGUGAACGACAACGCGCCGACGUUCCCGACGACUAGCGUCCGGAUAUCCGUGCCGGAGUCGCAUCCCCUUCACACGGCGUUGUACGUGGCUCACGCAACGGAUCCGGACGUGACCCCGUCGUUGCCGAUACGGUACGUCCUUGGUCAAAACAGCAACGACUUGUUCGGCAUAGACGCCAGGUCCGGCGAGCUCUAUUUAGCGAGAAGAUUGGAUUACGAGACCCAGCAGAGGCACGGGCUCCUGAUAAGGGCGCUGGACGGUGCCGGGCUAUCCGCGAACCUGAGCCUGAGCGUCGAGGUGCAGGACGUGAAUGACAACCCCCCAGUGUUCGAGAGGAACGAGUAUCACGUGGAGGUUCCCGAAGGCGCCAAGCUCGAUUCCCAAAUCCUUCAAGUGACCGCGGUGGACCUUGAUACGGGCAAUAACGCGAGGUUGAGUUACCGUCUUCAAGGAUCCUCCGCAUUCCGGAUCAGCCCGAACACGGGUUGGAUCUAUCUGGCGCAGAUUCUCGAUCGCGAGACCCUCGAUCGUCACGCCCUGACGGUUCUCGCGACCGACAACGGCUCGCCGGCCGCCACGGCGAGCGCCUCGGUCCUGGUGACGGUGCUGGACGACAACGACAACGACCCGCGGUUCGAGAAGGACUUCUACGGGUUCGAGUUGCUGGAGAACCUGCCCUCGGGCACGCUGAUCGGAUCCGUGAGCGCCUCCGAUCCCGAUCUCGGGAAGAAUGCUCUCCUCAGGUACGCGGUGGUCCAGGCCAACAGCAGCUUCGCCGUGGAUCCCGAUACAGGCGAGAUCACCACGAAAGAGCCCCUCGAUCGCGAGACGAAGAACGUGCACGAGCUGGUGCUGGAGGCUCGAGAUCAAGGAACACCGGCCAGGGCGGCCAGGGUGCCCCUGAAGGUGACGGUGCUGGACGUGAACGACAAUUCCCCCGAAAUCGUGGACCCCCAGGACGACGUGGUCAGCGUCAGGGAGGAACAACCACCUGGAACGGAAGUGGCCAGGGUCAGAGCCUUGGACACAGACCUGGGCGAAAACGCCUCUGUAACCUACACCAUCUUGAAAGACCGAGACUCGGACGGUUACAACGUUUUCACGAUCGACCCGAUCACCGGCAUGAUCAGAACGAAAGCAGUUCUCGAUCACGAGGAACGAAACGUAUACCGGGUGUCCGUUAAAGCCACCGACGCUGGACGACCACCCCGACACAGCGUGCGCGCGCUAAGAGUCGAGGUUUUAGCGCUUGCGGACAACCGGCCGACCUUCACCAGCAGCAGUCUUACCUUUAACGUGCGCGAGGACGCGAGCAUCGGUCAGGCGGUGGGCUCGGUGUCGGGGGCUGGUCCCGCGGGUCGCGUGGCCUUCACCCUGGAUUCCCUGACGCCCAUCAGCGAGUUUCCAGCGUUCGACGUGGACCGUAGCUCGGGCCAGCUGGUGGUCGCCCAUUCCCUCGAUCGCGAGAACGUAAGCGAGUACCACCUGGAGAUACGCGCGCUGGACACCACGUCGAUCGGCAAUCCUCAAAGCAUCGCGGUCUCGGUGAAGAUCGUCAUCGAGGACGCCAACGACAACCCUCCGCGUUGGCCCCAGGACCCGAUAACGGUCCGCGUGUCCGAAAGGGCGGUGAUAGGCUCCACCAUUUUCAAUCUGACGGCCAGCGACUUGGACAGCGGGCCCAACGGGGACCUUCGAUACGGUUUGGUGGCCGAGUUUCCGUCCAGGGGCAGCUUCGCCGUUGAUUCCCUCACGGGGGCCCUCACGUUGGCCAGGCCCCUCGACAGGGAGGACAGGGCAGAGUACACCUUGAUCCUGAAAGCCUCCGAUCGAGCCCCACCUGGCGAACAAUUGGCCUCCACCGUCACCGCGAGGAUCAUCGUCCUUGAUCAAAAUGACAACGAUCCGGUCUUCGUCGCCCCCGAAUCCACCAGGGUAGCUGUCACCCCCGAUCUCCUACCUGGAGCGACGCUCGUGAGAGUGGUCGCGGUGGAUAAAGACGCAGGUGACAAUGGCCGUGUAUCGUACGUGAUUACAUCGGCGAACGAGGAGGCGAGAUUCUCGGUGGGUUACGAGUCUGGCAUAGUGAGCCUGGAGAGGCCGAUGGUCAGGUCCACGGAACUGGAGAUUACGGCGAACGAUCACGGUUCCCCACCGCGAAAGUCCACUCUGAGGCUCACUCUGACGUUGGCUUCUGGACAGACCAACGGACCUCCGCGGCUGUUGCUGUCCAACCCGGUAGCUAGGAUUUCAGAGGACCUGCAGGUUGGCGCGCCGGUUCUAAACGUCGCCGGUCCUAUCAUCGCCGAUCAGGGCAACAUCAGCUUCAGCAUCCCGGGGAACGUGGCCUCGGACAAGUUCACCGUUUCGUCGAGCGGUCUGGUGACCCUUCGCGGGCCCUUGAACCGCGAGGAGACUUCUCGUUACUCUGUACCGAUUUUCGCGAGAUCCAGCAAGCUGCUGGACAUCAGCACGCUCGAGGUUCUAGUCAUGGACGAGAACGACAACAGCCCCGAGUUCAGGCCCGGCUCCUGCUAUACUUUGGCGGUUCCGGAAAAUCAGGCCACUUCCGUCAUUCACACAAUCGCCGCGGCGGACCUCGACGAAGGCAGGAACGGGGAAAUUUAUUACAGUAUCGUGGGCGGGAAUAUCGGUGCAAAGUUCAUCCUUGAGCCGAUAACCGGAAUGCUGUCGAUGUCGAACCUGGACCGAGAGGUGGUGUCCAAGUACGUUUUGACGAUCUCGGCGAAGGACAAGGGUCGUCCCAGCUUGGAGGCUCGCUGCAACCUAACAGUGAUCGUGUUGGACGUGAACGACAACGCCCCCACGUUCGUACAGAAUCAGUACACCGAGUCGCGACCCCGUAACCCGGUCCAGGGCGGCGAAUACUCCAGUUUCGGUCUGUCCAACGGGUUCUCGUACGCGUCGUCGAAUUACCCGACGAAUUAUCAUCCCAGCAAGUACGCGGCGACGAUAUCGGAGGACGUGGCGUCGGAUUCCAGCGUGAUGUCCGUGAGAGCGACGGAUCCCGAUCAGGGAGUGAACGGGAAGAUCACGUACGCCAUCGCAGAGGAAACGAGCUGGCUGUUCAGGGUUGACAACCUGACAGGUGUCAUUACGACGGCCGGCCCGUUGGAUCGAGAGCGCCAGAGAGUCUACAGUUUCGUGGUGGUGGCGACGGACAGCGGGAAGUACGACGCGAGGACCACGUCGAUACCCGUGGAGAUCCGUGUGAACGACGUGAACGACAACGCUCCAGUUUUCGCGGAGUACCCUUUCCGCGCGAGGGUGUCGAUAGGCACGCAACCGGAGAAGAACAUUCUCCGGGUGGUGGCGACGGACGCCGACGAGGGUCCAAGCGGAGAGAUCGUCUACUCGUUCCUGCACGAGCAGGAGAAGCCAAAGUUCAGGAUCCAUCCGAGCACAGGCGCGGUCACAGCCGCGUUGUCCCUGUCCCAGGAUAACGGGAAGACCUAUCACUUGGAGGUGCUGGCCAGGGACAAGGGAAACCCGCCAAAGAGCGCUCGAGGACUGAUCGAGCUGCAGGUGGGUGACCUGGCCGACCUGGUGCCUGUGCUCAAGUUUCAGAACGAGACCUACGAGGUGGUCAUUCAGGAGAACUCGGCGGCAGGCACCGAGGUGGUCCAGGUCACGGCGGUACGAUCAGACGGCAGACGACAACACGUUUCCUAUUCCCUCGGGUCGGGGAACGAUUUUGGCACGUUCACCAUCGACGAAGACACAGGACUCCUGCGGGUCAACGACCCGACGAGACUAGACGCCGAAUUGUGGACCGAUCUGAGGGUGAAACCCGUGGAGGAGCACGCGGGAGACGGGCACGCGAACACCUGGGGACGGUCCUUGGAGGGUCAACAGUCCAAGGAGGAGCCCAGGGAAAGCUCCAAGCACGUGCUCACUGUGGUGGCUAGGACAACUGGAACGGACCCUUUGGAAGCUUACGUCAAAGUGGUUGUCAGGGUGUCCGACGUGAACGACAAUCCACCCGUGUUCACGCAAACACAGUACUCUGCAACUGUGCUGGAAGGCAACGUCAAGGGGGACUUUGUUGUCAAGCUUUCGGCCAGCGACGCUGACCAAGGAAUGAACAGCAGGAUCCUGUACCACAUCGUCGACGGGAACCCAGACAACGCGUUCACCAUAAGUCCGCCUUACAGCGGGGUGGUUCGCACCAACAUCGUUCUCGAUCGCGAGAUCCGCGAGAAAUACAGACUGACGAUCAUCGCGACGGACCAAGGGAACCCCCAGCUGACCGGCACGGCUGCUCUCAGCGUCAGAGUGAUCGACAUCAACGAUAAUCAGCCAACGUUUCCAGAGCACAGCAUCAUCUCCGUGUCCGAAGGUACAACGGUGGGUACGGUGUUGACGACCAUCACGGCGAACGACGUGGACAGUUCACCUGCUCUGAUCUAUCGUUUCGGGAACGUGACGAACCCAGGACCGUUCAGCAUCGAUCGUUACGGAGGUAAGGUCGUUCUACGGAGACGUUUGGACGCGGAGACGCGGUCGGAGUACAGCCUCCAGGUGAUCGCCAGCGACGGUGUCCACGAGGCGACCACGGACCUGAUAGUUCGCGUCACCGACCUGAACGACAACGCGCCGAGGUUCCAGCAGUCGGCGUACUUAGCCACCCUGCCAGAGGGACGCGGAGACCUGCAGGAGAUUCUGACGGUGAACGCGACCGACGACGAUCUCACGGAGGACAACAGCCGCGUGCGAUAUUACCUGCUGAAAGCUACCAAGGGCUUCUCGGUGCAUCCUGUGACCGGUGUCCUGACUGUUAAUCGUACCGCGAUACCCAGGCCUCUGCCCAAAGAGGUGGAGCUGGCCGUGGUGGCUGAGGAUUAUGGCAAACCACCCGCUUCGUCCGUGAGUUCCGUAGUGGUCAGGCUGAGCAGUCUGAAGAGCUCGCUGCCUGGCAAGGAGUACAAGAUCACGGCGAAGGAGAACUCUUUGAGGGGCACCACGUUGAUGAGGCUGUCCGACGUGGACCUGUUGGACGGUAGCAUCGUUGCUGGCGACGAGAGCGGAACGUUCGAAGUGUCCAGGGGCAAACUGAUCCUCUCCAAAGCCCUAGACAGAGAAACAAAAGACAGGUACGUUCUGCGCCUAGGCUCGAAGAACGAGAACAUGACGACCGGUUCCCUGGUAGGGGACGAGCCCGUAACCGUGAUCGUCACCGUGGAGGACGUGAACGAUAAUUACCCGCGGUUCCUCGAGGAGCUCCACCAGGUGUCGAUCAAGGAGAACGCGGCUCGCGGGACCAUCGUGGCGACGCUACGCGCCAAGGACGACGACCUGGCCGGGAGCGCCGCCGCGAGCCUCGUGUACGAGAUCACGUCUGGAAACGACGGCGGCCUCUUCCGGGUGGAGAAGACCACGGGCGCCGUGCUGGUGAACGCGACCCUGGACUGCGACCUGGAGCCCGAGGUCUACAAUCUGGUGGUGAUGGCCUGCGACAGCGACCCAACUUCGCCGUUGUGCGCAUUGGCGAGGCUACGAAUCCGCUUGGAGGACGUGAACGACAACUCGCCCAAGUUCCCAGUCUCCGAGUACCUUGAAUUUGUGGGCGAGAACGAGCCCAUCAGGACGACGGUCUUCUCCGCUCGCGCCUCAGACCUGGAUCGCGGCAUAUUCGGUUCACUGAACUACUCCAUCGUCUCCGCGGCGGCAACCGGCUUCUCCGACAUCGACGACAGCUGGAAGCUGUUCGCCGUGGACGCCAAGUCCGGUACAGUGACGACGCGCGCUGUAUUCGACUACGAGCUGAGGAACCGGUACGCGUUCACGCUGAGGGCUACGGACACUGGGGGACGAACCGCCGCGGUGAGAGUGAGGGUGGAGAUCGAGUCCAGGGACGAGUUUUACCCCCAGUUCACCGAGAGGAUGUACAGAUUCGGGAUCAGAAGCGGGGCCCAGGUGCUCCCGGGUACGGUGAUCGGUCACGUGACGGCGACGGACCGCGACAAGGGUCCUGAUGGACGGGUGGUGUACCAGCUGACCUCACAGCAUCCGUACUUCAAGCUGAACCGCACCACCGGGGCGCUGAUCGUCAAGCAGAAGCUGAUGCACAUCGACAUGGACGUGGAGGAGUCCUCGAGGCUGGUGGUCAGCGCCAGCUCCGGCAGACAGGGUUCCUUGUCGAACAUGACCGUCGUGGAGAUCACUCUGACGGACGACAACGACGUGAACGAAGCUAGAGGCGCGACAGCGCUGGCCACUCCGACGGACGUUGGUACCAACAUGGCCGUGGCGGCGAACGGAGGCCUGGCUGACUGGGCGCUGGGCCUGCUGAUCGCUCUUCUCCUUCUGGUGGUCGCUUUCGGGGCUAUAUUCCUGUACCUCCAUCUUCGUAAUCGCAGACACAAGAAGCCGGGAACGAAGCCUGGUCUGAACGGCGAGAGCAACGCCACGGCUUCCAACAGUUACGUGGACCCCAGCGCCUUCGACACGAUCCCCAUCAGAAGCGUGGGUGGCGUGGGCACAGCGGGUAACGUGGGUUCCGGGAACGGCAAUGGCGGGAACGGCGGCGCCUCGUGUCAGUUCGCGCCGCCCAAGUACGACGAGAUACCACCCUACGGGACUUCCGGUCAGUCGGGUCAGCAACAGGCCACCUCCGAGCUGUCCGGCAGCGAUCAGUCCGGAUCUUCCGGCAGAGGCUCGGCGGAGGAUGACGGUGAGGACGAGGAGAUUCGAAUGAUCAACGAGGGCCAGCAGACAGGAGACUCUGCCAGCGAUUUAUCGGUGCACAACACUCAGGAAUACUUGGCCAGGCUGGGGAUCGUCGAUCCUCCGGCCGGCACGCCGCGCAGGCCGCCGGAAGCCCUGCCUCUCGACAGCCUGCACCUGUUCGAGGACGAGACCGCCACCGAGGCAGACAUCGCCACUCUGAUCUACGGGAAGAUCGGCGAGCCUGGAAGACCGAUGUCGGGAUUAGAGGUGCCUGGUGGCCCGUCCAUGAACGGAUCCUUGAGCUCCAUCGUGCACAGCGAGGAGGAGCUCACAGGUUCGUACAACUGGGACUACCUACUGGACUGGGGUCCCCACUAUCAACCCCUGGCGCACGUGUUCAGCGAGAUCGCCAGGUUGAAGGACGACGCCGCCAGUGUCCAGAGCGGAAACUCGGGCAGCAGCGGCAAGACCAAGUCUGUACAUAAAGCUCCACCCCCGCCGUUGCUGACUUCCGUCGCCCCCAGAUCGCUGGCGGCCCCCGCGCUCGCCAGAGGCAUCCUCCCCAGGUCCCCCAUCAGUCACGACGCCUCCACCUUCCCCUCCGCCGCUCUCAGUCCCAGUUUUUCCCCAUCCCUCUCACCGCUGGCCACCAGAAGUCCCAGUAUCAGUCCGCUGGUGCCCCCAGCCACCCAGAGGUCCGGUCAGACCGCCAACAGGGGGAUACCGGUCACCGACGCGGAACUCAGGAUCUGA